CGCUCCCGGGCGGAAACCGCGCUGGGGUUGGGGCGGCCAGGGGUUCGUGCGCGCGUCCGAGGUUGGUGCGUCACGGACGCGGGAGUGCGGCGGGCCCGGCCAGGUGAGGCAGUAUCAAGCUAUUUGCUGAAGCUUCUUUCCUCCAAUCCUGCAGAGCAAUUUACACUUUGACUUUUACUUACCAUGGCCUUGGUUCACAAAUUGCUGAAUGGAACUUACAGGCUCAGAAAAUGCCUGAAACCAGGUGUAGCCUGGUACCCUUUUAGGGGGAGCUGCUUUGCAGACUAUUGCACCAGCAGCAGUCAGAAACCUGUGACCAUUGCUGACAGCGCCCCUGCGCAGAGGACGACUGAAGGGGGUUUGCAAGGACAGAGGAUGGCUGAAGGGGGUUUGCAAGGACACCGGCCAAGGGAAGCUGCUUUGGAUAUUACUUCUCCAGAGGAGAAGCCAGAAAUUAGUUUCGAUAAAGCCAUUAAAGAUGAAAUAAAGGACCAUUUUUGGCGUUUGAAGGAUGAAAUCGUGAGUCACUGGAUAGGGCCCGAGGGCCGACCUCUGCACGAGGUCUUGCUGGAGCAAGCCAAGGUAGUGUGGCAAUUCCGAGGAAAAGAAGAUUUGGACAAGUGGGUCGUGACUUCCGAUAAGACAAUUGGGGGCCGAAGUGAAGUGUUCCUGAAGAUGGGCAAGAACAACCAGAGUGCGCUGGUGUAUGGAACCCUCAGCUCCGAGGCCCCUCUGGACGGGGAGAGCAGCCGCAGUGGCUACUGCGCCAUGAUGUCCAGGCCUCUGAGGGGCCCCUUUGAGAGGAAGAGGUCUUAUGAUUGGUCUCAGUUCAACACACUCUAUCUCCGCGUCCGGGGGGAUGGUCGGCCUUGGAUGGUGAAUAUCAAGGAGGACACAGAUCUAAUCCAGCGAAAGGACCAGAUGUACAGUUACUUCAUGUUUACCCGCGGAGGGCCCUACUGGCAGGAAGUCAAGAUUCCUUUCUCCAAAUUUUUCUUCUCUAAUAAAGGAAGAAUUCGGGAUGCCCAGUACCAGCUGAUGCCUGACAGGAUCUCUUCCAUUGGAUUCACCUUGGCUGAUAAAGUAGAUGGUCCAUUCUUCUUGGAAAUAGAUUUUAUUGGCGUGUUUACUGAUCCAGCCCACAAGGAAGAAUUUGCCUAUGAAAAUUCUCCAGAGCUCAACCCAAGACUUUUUAAGUAGUCAUCACGUGGUAGUUUAACUAAAUUAUUGGUGGUAGUGUCUACAACACAAAGUUUUUGUUUGGGGGCCAUCUCUGGUGGUGUUCAGGGGCCUGAAACCCUGGAUUGGGCAGAGAUUGUACUGGGGUUGGCCAUGUGCAAGACCAGUGCCCUACCCACUACACUAUUUCUGUAGUCCUAAUAGACUUUAAUAUACUUUAUAAUAAAGUAUAAUAAGUAA